AUGGAGGAGCCUGCCAACAGAAGAAAUGGGGCAUUCACCUCCCAGAAUUCUUCACUCAGCUCCCUUGACUACUCUGAUCUGACCCUUUCCCUCCCGACUCUCCCUGCAUCAGAGGCUGGAGACAGGGAGGAUAAAGGAAGUUCUUUGUUUGAAUCACCAACGCCUACUUCACAGGAUCAGAGAUAUGGGAGGGACGUGGAGGACUUGAGUCAAUGGCAGUGUGAGUUCAGGGGUCAAAUCAUUGCACUGAGACAGUGGCUGAAGAUCAUGGAGAUGAGGCUGCCUCCUCUGGACCCCAGGCUCCAAAGUGAUGGACACUCAAGCUCAGACCAGGAUUCCAGCCUGGAUAGAUGGAGGGGAACAAGAUCGGUUUUGGCACUGAGGGAUAUGUCAACAGAUUCUGAGACAUUUCUACAAAACUUGGAAGCUUUACUCACAUGGGUCUGUGAGAUAGAGGAACUCACAGCCAAUCAGAAACCCCCAUCCUCAGAGGUCAAAGUGGUGAAAGCACAGCUCCAAGAACAAAAGCUCCUGCAGCGCCUCCUAACAGACCGAAGGCGUAGUAUGGACUCCAUGAUGUUGGAGGGCCCUCGGCUUGUAGAGGCCCACCCAGGAGAGGAAGGGGAGCAGGAGAAGGUCAUGCUCUCCACUCUCAAACAGAAGUGGGAGGCUUUACAGCUAGGGGCAGAGCAAAGGAGAGCGAGUCUGGAGCUCAUUCUGCCCAGGGCCCGGCUCUUCCAAGAAGGAGUAGACAGCUUGCAGCAAUGGCUCAUAUCUGUGGAACAGGCCCUAGCUGAACUACGGAAUGCAGAGAGAGUGAUGCUGCAUCUCUCAGAGGCCACAAACAGGGCCAAGGCUGUUGUUGAAGAGAUUCAAGUCAAAACUGCUGAGCUAGGGAAAAUACAAAAGUCAGGACAUAAUCUGAUGGAUGCCAUUGCAGAGGAAGAAGCCCAGCAGGUGCAGGAGAAGAUGGAUGCUCUGCGUAUCCGCUGCUCUGUGCUAAGUCUAAGCAGUCUGGAUGUGCUGCAGAGGCUGGAGCAGGCCCUGGAGGCCUCCAGUCGCUGUACCUCCAGCCAGGAGGACCUCCACCUGUGGCUGGGCCGCAUCGAGAGGGAGCUCCUGGGCGCAGCAGGAGCGCAGACACAUGCUGGAGAUGCAGUACUAUGUGCAGCUGAAAGAAAGAGGCUGGAACAGGCAGUGGUGAAGGAGAUGGCUUGGUUCAGAGACACAGCGCUGAGUCUGGAAAAGCUGAAAACCAUUCACCUGGAGCCAAAGCUCAUAGCAGAACAACUCUAUGAGCAGAAGAUUUUGUCAGUGGAGAUUCUCCAACACCGGUUCAACAUUGAGAAGAUGUUGAAGAUUGCUGAAAUCCUGCUGACGUACAGUGAUGAAGGAGAACCAGGCGAUUUGCAGACCCCACUAGAUGCCUUACAGGAGCAAUGCAACACCACCUCAGCCACCAAUUCCCAUGUGGUCCUGCAACUUGAACACACUCAGUCACUUCUUCUCCAAUUCUCAGACGGCCUCACUGAGGUUUCGCCCUGGCUCGAAGAAACUCAAACCGUAAUUGGCCAGCUCUCCCUGAGCACAAUCAGCUAUGAGGCAUUUCGGGAACAACAGGACCUCUUACAGGGUCUGAGAGAGUCUAUAGCAGAACACAGACCCUUGAUUGCACGCUUAUGCUCUCUGGCAAAACGCUUGUCAGAACUGAACCCCAUCCAGGGGGAUGAGUUCUGUCGACAGGCAGCAGAGGCAGAGGAGCAGCAUAGAGCCAUCAGAGACCGGGUCAGAGAGACUGCUAAUGUACUCGAGGAGUCAUUGCCUCGAUUCACGCAGCUGAAUGAGAGGAUGAACCUUAUCAGAGAGAGUCUUGAUCGUCUGCGCAGUCGCAUACAGACUGCCACCUCUCUUCAAGGCCUCACCCCAAGGAUCCAGGAGCAGCUACAGGACAACAAGCACAGCCUGGCCGAGCUGUCCAAGCUGGAACUGGGCCUCGGUAGUGUCAAGACACAGGCAGAUGAACUGCUAGCUAACACGCAGGCAGCUGGUGAUGGAUCUGUCGGCACAGCAAUCCAGGCGCGAGUAUCCAGCCUGUCCCAGAUGUGGGAUGAGACGCAUACUCAGGCCCAGGAGAGGGAAAGCUGGCUGCUCAAACUCUUGGAUCUCGCCUUGAAGUUCUGGAGCGACAUCAGUGAUGUCACCGCUGCUCUCAAUUAUGCUCAGCAGGCAGUUUUGGAUCUCAAUGCCAGUCGGAGAGAAUCCGAAACAAUCCGUCAGAGCCUCGAAACCAUGCAGACUCUCAGGGAGGACGUUGACAGUUUACAGGGAGAUCUGGACAUACUUGGUGUUUUGGGAAUGGACCUGAUGUCAGCAUGUGGUGAUACAGACAAGCCAGAUGUCACAAAGAGCUUGGAUGAACUUUAUUGCACGUGGAACAACUUGAGCAAACUGUGGAACGAAUGUCACAAAAAGCUGGAGGAGUCCUUGCACAUGGCAUUACAUUAUCAAGACACUAUGCAGGGUCUUUUUGAGUGGUUGAAGUCAGCUGAGCUGAGGUCAACUGAAGACUUCAUGGUAGGAACUGACCUGGAAUCAGUCAAAGAGCAGCUACGUGACUUUAAGGAAUUUAAGCGAGAACUUUACCAGAAGAAAAUAGAGAUAGAAAGCCUGAACCAUCGCUUCGUGUGUCGCCUGUCUCCAGGCUCGGAGCGUCCAGGCUCCGUGUCGCCGCUGUGUGACUUCAGACAGCGCUGGGAUGGAUUGGAGUCAGAGACUGUCAGCAGACAGCAUCAGCUGGAGUGUGCUCUGCUGGGUCUGGGUCAGUUCCAAAACACACUGGAUGAGCUUCACACAUGGCUGUCCCGAACUGCUGAACAACUGCAGGGCAGCCAGCCAAUCAGCAUUGACCUGCAGGCCUGUGAAAUAGAGCUGGCCAAACACAAGGUCUUGCGUAAUGAUGUAAUGUCCCAUGUUCGCACGAUGGAGUCCCUGAACCGGGCAGGCAGGGAGCUGCUGGAGGUCGGGUCCGGGGACAGCCCUCAUGGUCUGCAGUCUCGGCUGGAGCAACUAAAUGACAGCUGGGAGUUUGUCCGCUGUGAGACUGAACGCAGGCAGCUGGAGUUAGAGAACAAACUGAGUCAGGUACAAGAUGUUACAAUGGAGAUUCAGGAUCUCCUGCAGUGGCUGGAGAACACAGACCUGAGACUGUCCUCCUCUAAAACCAUGUGGGGCAUGCCGGACUCUGCCAGUGAAAGGCUCAAUGCACACUUGGAGUUGUACAAUGAGAUGGAGUCAAAGCUCCACGCCUACACAGAUGUGAAGAACGCCAUCCACAGGAUGCUGGAGAGCAGCAACGUUGUGAGGGGAUCGAGCACCGAGCACAGCUUAUCUAUUCUCGAACAGAAAUGGGCGUCUGUUUACAGCAAAGUCCAGGAGCGAAAGGCAAGGCUUAUAGAAGGAUUGAGUCUGGCCAAGGACUUCCACAGUAACGUCCAAGAACUUCUCACUAAGAUAAGCAAGUGUGAGGAGUCCAUUGGGCUUCUUCCUGCUCCCAGCUUUGUUCUUGACAAAGUUUGUACUCAACUGCAGGAGCACAGAACACUGGUGAAUGAGGUGAACGUUUACGGUGAGAAGAAGACCUCAGUGGAGAACACGGCCCGCAGGCUACUAGAACUGAGCAGGAAGGAAGACUGCGAUGUCAUUCAUAACCUAAUCAUGGCCAUCCAGGAUCGCUACAAAAAGCUACAGCAGCGUGCUUUAGAAAGAGGCAAGACGCUGGAGGAGGUCAAAAAGAAUGCCAAACAGUUUAAUGAAUCGUGGCGCCUGCUAGUGGACUGGAUGACGGAGGUGGAACAGACAUUAGACACGCAUAAAGAGAUUUCUGUGUCCCACGACGAGAUUAAACAUCAACUGACGGAACAGAAGGAGUUCCAGAAAUUGCUGAGGUCAAAGAGGCCCAUGUACGAAGCUACACUGAGGAAUGGACGCAGCCUUCAUGAAAGAGCUCAAACCGGCCAUGACAGACAGCAUGUGGAGAAUCUACUGGCUGAACUCAAAGACACAUGGGACACCAUCAGUGGCAAGUCUAUGGAGAGACAACACAAGCUGGAGGAAGCGCUGCUGUUUUCCGGGAGAUUCACUGAUGCUCUCCAGGCACUGAAUGACUGGCUGUAUAGAGCGGAGCCCCAUCUCGCUGAGGACGUUCCCGUUGGUGGAGACAAAGACAUGGUCAACAACCUGAUCGACAAACACAAGGCCUUUCAAAAAGAGUUAGGUAAGCGAGCUGGAUGCAUCAGGACCCUGAAGCGCUCUGUGAGGGAUCUGACCAGGAGCAGCACGGCUGAUGCUCACUGGCUGCAGGAGCAGAUGGAUGAGCUUGAGGGCCGCUGGGAGUCCGUGUGCAAACUGUCCGUCAGCAAGCAAGACAGACUGGAGGCUACACUUCAGCAGGCUGAAAGGUUUGACAGCCUUGUCCACACUUUCAUGGAGCGCCUCACUGAGGUGGAGAGGAUACUGAAGUAUGGGGUGAUACCAGAGGACGAGGAAAGCUUGCGUGCUUUCAGCAAACAACACAAGGAAUCAAUGGGCGCCUUGCAGGAUCAGGCGAUGGAGUUACAGAACAUCCGGAGUCUGGGUGAAGAGAUCCUGUCGUCCUGUCACCCAGACUCCAUAAUCACCCUGAAGUCUUGGAUCAGUGUCACUAAGACCCGCUAUGAGGAGGUUGAGACCUGGGCUCAGCAGCAGGGCCAGAAGAUCCAGGCCAACUUGGCAGCACUGGAGGCAGAGAGAGAGGAAGUGCGGAGGCUGCUGGACUGGAUCUCCUCUGCAGAGGAAGCCCUCAACCUCAGAGACCAAGAGCCUCAUCCUGAGACCACCGGGCAGAACCAAGAACUGAUUGAACAGCACACGGUUUUUAUGGAGGAGAUGAAUAAAAAGUUCCCAGAGGUUGAAAAUGCUACAAAGUCCUGCAAACACAAGGGCAUUUCAAAACUGCAAGUUUCCCCCAGCAAACGUCCACUCACAAAGAGGAGGAGCACUCUGAAGCUGCAGCCUGUUGUACCUAUUCCCCUGGAGCACCUCGACCCCCAGACCCCAGAGCUCAGUCAGCUGGUCAGUCAGUGGCAGAAGCUUUGGCUCCUGGCUACGGCGAGACAAACUUGUCUGGAGCAACAACAGCAAACACUCAAAGAGAUGGAAGAAUUUGCGAACUUCGACUUCAAUAUUUGGCGAAAGCGUUACAUGCUGUGGAUAAGUCAUUUGAAGUCACGGAUCUUAGACGUGUUCCGCAGCAUCGAUCGGGACCAGGAUGGACGCAUCAGCCAGAAGGAGCUUGUUGAUUACAUCCUUGCUUCCAAAUUUCCCACCAACUCUCUGGAGAUGAACGCAGUGGCAAACAUCUUCGACAUGAACAGUGACGGCUUUAUUGACUACUAUGAGUUUGUGAGUGCGCUUCACCCGAGCAGAGAUCCCUACAGGAGAACACUGGAUGCAGAUCAAAUCAACGAAGAGGUGAGUCGACAGGUAUCACAGUGUAACUGUCCAAAACGGUUCCAAGUGGAGCAAAUAAGUGCCAAUAGAUACAGGUUUGGAGAAUCCCAACAGUUGCGGAUGGUUCGUAUCCUGCGUAGCACGUUGAUGGUCAGGGUGGGAGGAGGCUGGACUGCUCUAGAUGAGUUCCUGGUUAAGAAUGACCCCUGCAGAGUGAAAGGCAGGACCAACCUGAAGAUCAAGGAGAAGUACUUGUCUCCUGCAGGAAGCACUUCUAAGGGUUUGACUGUCAGCAGGUCGAACUCAAGCCUUAGCCUCUACAGCAGCGCCUCCGCCCCCACCAGCCCCAUGACACGCAAGGCAUUACUCCGCAGAAGUUUCUCAGGUGACCGCUGCGUCCGUCCCAGGAGCUCCAUCGCAGCUUUGGGGUCUGAUCUACAGUUUGUUACGACAGGGGAAGACAAUACUCCCUCACCAUCAGACGAAGCUGAGAGGUUACCCACAUGAUUACCUCUGCCUGUGGGAACCAUGUCUAUGCUGCAGUGCUGAACCCAAACACAGCCUUGGGGCCCCGAAACAGAGUGAUAAAGGGAUAGAGGGGCCAAAAAAACAAAAUCAGACACUGACAGAAGAGUGCAGAGAAGGUCAACAGAGGUUUGAGAGAUCUGUGUGAAGAUCCAGUGUGCUCUUUAUGCACAAUAAGGAGGUCAGUCCAGAUGUCCCCUGUUGCAUUGCAUACAGUAGUGUCUGAUUGUGUAGAGAGUAGGAAUCAAAAAGUUCUGCAUGGAUGCUUAUUGCAUGAUAGCAAGAGCCUUGCUUAAAUCAUAUUCAGUUAUUUCCCCCAGCUUGCUAUUCUUUUUUGGUUGUAAAGAUAAGUCACAGGGAACAUGCACCUGAGAAUAAUGCUCUGUUUUGAGCAGUAAAGGGAUUUAAAAGUAAAAUACAAGAACACAUUUGUAUGUAAAGGUUUUGUACUGUCUGACUGCCCCCACUAGCCUCCAAAAAGAACCCCACAUAUACCAAAACCAUAAGUACAUGAAGGGUACAGUAUGCUUUCCUUCAACUUUGUGAUGUUAUUUUUUAUUUCAUUCCAUGAAGAUGACAUUGUUGGCAGGGCCACAAUGUCUUUUUUGUCUUUUACCUUUUUUUAGCACCAUGUUUUCAAAUAAUUAUGUAUUUUGUAUUGUUCUUUAUUGUAAGGAUGUUUUAAACAUUGGAGAUUGUGUAAUGAUGAACAAUGCUGAACAAUGCACUGGAGUACGACAGGUCAUUGUUGAUUUGUAGAGAUUAUAUUCUCAGGAUUGUUUUUGCCUUUGGAUGUAUGUAUUUCUAUGGAACAUUACUGUGAACAUGUAGAUGUGUGGUUUUCUUUAAAAUACCCUGGGAAAGUUUUGUUUAGCACAUUCUUUUCAUAAAAAUGCACUUUUUUCUGUGUCCUACUGCUGUAGAUAGGUUGUUUUGGUAUGUGGGAAAUUUGGCAGCUGUCAUGCGUGAGAGAAUUGUUUUUUUCAUGAGAGUGCACUGGAGGUGUUUGGGUUAACAGUGUAGUUCUAUCUUUCCUUGUUUUUUCUUUUCCAGCCUCUUUUACCAAAAUCAUUAUAUUUUAAUUUGUUGUAUUUCUGCCUUUUUCUUUAUCUCUGACCUUCAAACCCUUCAGAAAUUCUCACAACUUUCUUGAUUUUAUUACUCUACUUUCAAUUAAGACGCUACAUCAGUUUCCAGAUGAUCCUGAAGAUAUCAAUAAUAUGCAUAAUUUAAGCAAAAAAUACUGAAAUACAUUUUCCCUGAAAGAGAAGCAACUUCCUGGCUUUGACUCUGGUUUUAUUAUCGAGCAGUUAAUACUUCACAAUAUGUUAUCAGCAGUGUAAAGUCACUGUAUUUGUAUGUGUACGUUUGUACUAGAUCUACCUGAGGUUGUGGACAGUAGCUUAUGUAUCUAAUUGCAUUUGGUCUAUGCAGUUUGUCAAACUGAUUUUUUAAAGUCAAAACAAUGUUUUUACAUGAUGAAGUAUCUUUUCCUCUUGGCCUCAAUGUGUUGGUGUUGGAGAAGCUAGAAAUUUGACUACAGUAAAAAACUACAAGAGCCAGAUUCCACUUCUAUUGCUAUGCACCCUGAUCUUUCUGUACUGUAAAUGUUUCUAUACCCAGCACUCAUUCUAAUGUCUAAUUUAGUUAAACAGUAGAUGAAUGUCACUAAUACUUUUAAGUCCACUUGUAUAAAAAAAAAAGCUUUUUGUAAUAAAAAAAGAAAAAUCUU